AAGGUAAUAUUGUAAUACUUGGUACCAGCCAUAAAUUAGAUAUUGGCAAACACACAAAUAUCAGAAAUUCCCUGAGCUUCAUAAUGCUGAAAGCAGAGAAUAUGCAUUCUUAAACUUUUCCCUGUAGCUCUACUACUGAUCAGUGUAAUGGAGAAGAUACUGUUCUGACUCCCUGUGGACAUUCUCCUGUGUAAUAGAUUGCUUCUGCUUUAAAAAGCAAGAGAAAGAUCAUGGAGUUUUAAAUGUUACAAGGAAAUAUUUCCUAGAACACUGGCUGUGGGUAUUGAUUUAAUUGUACAUGAAAUACAAAUCCUCACUGAAGAUUAAUUAUUGAAGAACAGAAAUUAUGACUUGACAUGAAUCCUGAAAUAGAGUUUGCACAGGUCUUAAAUGUUCCAUAAGUUUUAAUCGUGAUUUGUUUCAAGGACAGAAUCUGAUCAAAACAGGUUGCAGGGUGGAUCAGGGAGCUCAAAAACUUAAGUGCUGUCUAAUCUUUGAAAGAAUAAAUGUAGAUUAGACAUCACCUACAGGUCAUGCAGACAGACAUUAGAACUUUCAGAUGCAUAGCUACAGAGAAAUAAUUAAUUAAUUAAGUUCAUGACAGUUUUGAUCUGAGUUAAUAUUAACUGACUCUUGUUAAUCCACAUAAAUUAAAAUAGAAACCCGUUGAGCAGCCUGUUCUGUAUUUGUUUGCUGUAUUUUUAGAGCUCUCAGACACUUUCUGAUUCAUUCACUUUAAGACAUGAAGUAACUACAUGGUUUAUAGUUGGAUUGUUUCUAAUACUUAAAAAUCAAGUAAUUUAUGUGCAAUUUAAAUGUGACUAUAUUUCAGUAGAGCUUUGAGUUAAUUAAUCUAUGCAAAAUGACAUAAUAAAUUUUAGCAUCUGCUGGUGUCUAUUUAAGCAACAUAACUUACUGAACUAAAAUUUCUUCAUUGUUAAUAAAGGAAAUUUAAUUUAAUUACUAUGUAAUUUAAAUAAUUAUGGAAGAACUUUGUACUUUGUUAUUCAUACAUACUUGCAAGUGUAAUAUGUCAGAGCAAAGUCCAGCAGAUAAAGCACAGUGUGAAAUAAGGAAUAUGCAAUUUUGCUGCAUUUGAGAUAGUACAUUGGAUCUGAUUUAUUCACCUGGACUUAAUUAGCAGGCAAAGUACAACUGUAGAGACUGAGCUCAUUCAUGUUCUUGAAAGAGGUAAGGUGCCUGCCCAGUGCUGUGUUCCUUGGGUGCUUUCCUAAUAAUUUUAAUACCAAUUUCUAUUCUGGAAUUAAAUUGAUCUGUAAAUCAAUUUUCAAUGUUAAUGCAUAAAUAUAAGUGAAAAAAAAAAUGUUGACUCCUUCAAAAAUACUAAAAGAUAAACAAAGCAGUUCAAAAAAUAAUUCCAGAUCCAAGUUCAAAUUUAAUGAAAAUCAGGAUUUGUGCUUGUGGAUUAGGGUUUGAUUUAAAGAAAUUUAUAAUUUAAUAUUCCAUAACAGCAAAAAUAAUCAGAGCUUUCAGGGAAAAUGAUGCAUGACAGUAGAAAAUAAAAGUACAGCAGAAUUUAAAUGCUUAAAAGGAAGCACUGUGCCAAAUUUCAGGGAAGGUAAUUUUCCAGUUUAUUAUGAUCCCAAUGUCAAAUGACCAACUUUGCAUGAAAUGGAAAAUUAUAUUUUAAUAGUAAAUCAUAGCUGAUUGUGAUAUACUGAAUAAUAUUAGGUAGAAUAGAAAAUUCUGUUUUGCUGGUUUUGUGUAUGGUAGGUAGAAAAAUUAACUCUCAAACCUGAACUUUAUUACAAUGAUUUAUCUUGGACAUUUUUUUAAAAAUGUGUUGAUUUUUUUUCACUCUGGAAAAUUGUUUGCUGAGUCUGCUGCUAAGUCAUUAGAUUUAUAAGGAAUGUGGCUUUGUUGCAACAUAAACCACUGUGGAGAAGGGUACUGGCCUCUGCAGAAUCUGUGCUGACUCUGGCAGGAAAUCAGCCCUGACCGAAGAGCUUUUUUGCUGGAUCUGUUUUCUGUCUUCAGCAAAGCCACUGUGGGGAGCCCAGUCUUUAAAAAAAAAUAAAAUUUAAACAAGCAUUGAAAGAGUUUGGUUAGAAUUUAAGUAAAUAUAUCCUUUGAGAGUACAGGAAACAUUUGUUUACCUGAUUCAUCUGAAGCUGUUAUUGACAGAAACUCCUCUUCAGGGAAUCUGGGAUUUUCCUAAGUGAGGACCCCAGGAUUAGGUCCAGUAAUAGCCUAAGCCUUCUUCUGUACUGAAUGAAGUAUUAAUAGAUAUGUAGGCCAAAAGGUGGAUAAAAUGAGGCUCAAAGCUGUUUCAGUUCAGUAUAUUGAACCCUUGUUGGUUUUGAAGAGGCUAAAGAAAAGUUAUUUUGCUUUGUUUACUGUAAUUUUUUAAAAAAAUCUGAUUGAAACCUGUGACAUGUUACUACAACCUGUAGACAGAAAUUCACAAAAAAACAUAGAUCAGGUUGAGCUCUCCAGUGCAUGGAAACUUUUCCAGCAAUAGGAAAGCCAUGCCUCUGAGUACUGUUUGAGCUACAGUCAGCAGAACUAAUGUUACUGUUUCUGUCCCUCUGACAAUUGGUGUCUCUAUUUCACUGCAGUUUGGAUUCAGGGAUUAAGAAAAAUUCAACUAUAAUAAUUAAGAGCUGUGCUUUUUCUUUUGUCCUUAUAUUACUCUUGAUGGCUUUUUGCCACACUCAAAAUUAUAUUAUGUUUCAUUGCCCAGCAUGGCACAAGGUGACAGGUGAGAGAUGUUCUAAGGGUCUCAGCACAGUACCCUGUGUCAGAGAAAUGAACGACUUGUCAGAAAUGAGGUCUGAGACAUCGGGACAGAAGAGGUCCUUCAGAGAUGGGAGAAGCCAACUUUGACAGAGGCUUACUGUAUUGAAGCUUGGUAAUUCAAAACUUUUUUCCUUCAGGACUUUUGUACUAGAAGUCACAAAUAUUGUCAUUUUCAGCUCCAGCCUGUGUUACAGUUCUGAAUUGCUGCAGGAGGACUGACGCAGAAGGAAGAUGCUAUUGAGGGGCUCAGCAGGAUUCAUGCUGUUCUUGCUCUCUCAAUGCACUGUGUCUCUGGGCACCAAAGAGCCAGUGGUCCUGGCUAAUGCCCACCUUCUCCCCCAAAGAGACUAUGAGAGACUGGGAAACGCCAAUGAAAAAGACUAUCCAAGGGAUUGUUUUGAGAUUUUACAGCACUCCAAAGGAAAUUCCAGAGAUGGCCUUUACAUCAUCCAACCAAAAGAGGAACCAAUUGUUGUUUUUUGUAACAUGCAGGACGGUGGCUGGACAGUGAUCCAGCACAUUACAGCCAACAGUACUGUUGACUUUGACAGAACCUGGCAGGACUACAAAUAUGGAUUUGGCUCUGUUCAUGAGAACCACUGGUUAGGAAAUGAAUACAUGCAUCAAUUAACUGGCAGCUCAGUGCAAUAUGUACUUGGAGUUAAACUUGUAAAUCUAAAUGCUGAAGUCAAAUGGGGACAGUAUGAGCCAUUCCUGAUUGAGGGGGAAGAGUCUCAAUACCGAAUCAGGGUUGGUCUUUACAAAGGCAACGCCACUGAUGCGCUGACCCUGGACACGGAAGCUUAUCUCCAUGACAACCAGAAGUUCACCACCAAGGACAGAGACAAUGACAAUUACUUUAUGAAUUGUGCUAAGCUGGAACUCAAUGGUAUACCUGGGGGAGGCUGGUGGUAUGAUGCAUGUGCUGGAGCAAAUCUAAACCGCAGGAAUGUGAUAUACUGGCAAAAAGACUGCAACAAGCAACACCCGUGCAAGUUUGCAUGGAUGAUGAUCAAACCCAUCAAGCACCACCAGUCAUACCCUACCAAGGCCUGCCCCUGUCAGAAAGUUGAACUGUAGACAAGCCAUGUGUAUUUGAGAGGAACAUGGACUCUUGCUCAAGUGACUGAAAUGAUCACACUGAAUGAGUAAUAACCCUAAGUAACCAUGACUGAAAAUUUAAAUUGGGCCUCUGCAAGGGCUUUAUGAUGACAUAUUGUUCAGUACUGGAACAUGUCACAGAAAUUUGCCAACCACACAAGUGAGAAACUGUCAGAAACUGAGGCCUUUAGCAGAAAAUUUAAAUAACCAGAAGACUUAAAUAAUUCAUUUUAUACUAUUUUAGCUAUAGAACAAGUCUGGUAUGAAAUCCAGGAUAUGAUGUCUUGUACAAUAUAUGCAUGAAUAAAAAUUCAUGUCAGAAAGUUUUUCUCUGGUGUCAAUGUCAUUAUUGAUUACACAUCUAUAAUUGCACAUCUUCUUAUAUCAUGCAGGGAGGAAUUUUCCAGUUAAAUACCUACAUGUGUAAAAUGCAUAUUGAAGAGUAUUGUGUACCAUAGGGCUCCAACAGACCUUUUCUUUCCAACUUUAGUGAAUAGUAUGUUAAUAUUUAAAAUUUGAAUUAACCUCAUCUCCCAUGGCUUCCUUCCCCCUUCACUGACUCUUCUUUUAUCUCUACUUUUUAAUGAUCCCAUAUACAGUGAAGUAUUCAGCACAGGCCUUUCUUUUCUGCUUUCAUUUUAAAGCACUUAUGGGAUUGCCAGCUCUCCCAUUUAAAGACACUGAUCCAAAGCUUACAACCCCUCUGAAUUUUUUCCCCAAGAAACUCAGUGAAUACAUUUUUAAAAGAUCAAAUUGAUAUUGCAAUUGUUUAUUUAUUCCUCCAUUUUCCCCCUGAAGAUUACUCCACUUUAUUUACCAUUAUUUGACUAUUACUUCUCCCUGUUCCAUGCUGUGCGUCAGCUUUUUCUUUUUUCAAUACGACUGUGAGAAAAAAAGAGAAUUUUGCCUUUAUUUCACAUUUAAUAGUUUCAAUUGUUUUAGUUCUCAACAUUGACAUCAAUUAAACAGUGCAUUUUUUCUAAUUAUAAAAUAAAAUUUAAUUAUAAAUUAUUCUGUUUUAAGACAAUAAACAAAAGGAUUUCAAUUGUUAUAACCUUGAAGACCUUGUUUUCUUUUACCACUAUUUGAGUUGCUUCACACAGUUCUAUAUCAUCGGAAAAACUGAUUGACAACUGAAGACUUUUUAUUUUUGCAUUUACAAAAUGUCAGAAUAAUAAUUAGAUUAUCAUGUAUGUUUUCUUACAUGUUUCAGUUAAAGAAACUCCACCAACAAAUACUGUCAAAUUCCUGCUUUUUAAUUUAAAAUACUAUUCAUAAUUUUCAUGAAAAUUGCUUCAGAAUAUAAAUUCUUUUGUGUUUUGAGAGGACCAAAACUGUCAUGAUUACUUAAGAUGAGAAACUAUCUUGGAAGCAGAAAAGCCAAGAAAGCAAAGCAAUUUUUAUUCUUUUUGAUGCCAUGCAGCAUUUUCAGAAAGAGAUA